GGGGAGAAGUCCCGAGUCUCGUCAUAGUCCUGUUGUUGCCGGACGAGGGACUCUCGGAGGGAGAUGUAGGUGCAACGUGGAACGGCAGAGCGACGCUCACAACUCUCAGUAAACAAAUGAAAUCCAACGAUACGAGCAGACUCCACAGCUUUCUCUAGGAUCUGAUACCGAGAUGGAACGCAGCAAACGGGGUUAAAAGCCCUUUAAGAGUCCUCGCCAUGGACGGAGAGCUGACCGUUACUUUAAUAUCUGUGGCGAUGUUUGUUGGCACGUUUUUACUCGGAUUCAUCCCACUGUUGUUCAGACUCUCUGAGAAAAGCCUCCAGUUUGUCUCCAUUCUGGGAGCAGGUCUGCUCUGUGGGACAGCUCUUUCCAUCACCAUCCCUGAAGGUGUGGGUUUACUGGAGGAUUCAUGGAGAGCAUCCCCGUCCUCUGAUGUGCCGUCUGGUUUGAAUGCCAGUGGUAAAACUGUGUCUGCCUCCGAGGAAGGCCCACCGCCUCGAUUCUACAUUGGGAUAGCCUUGACAUUCGGGUUCACCUUUAUGUUUGCUGUGGAUCAGAUUGGCGAUUUCCUCUCCAUGCGAGCGCAAACGACACACGUGUCUAACAGCCACAUCACUGCCACUUUAGGGCUGGUUAUUCAUGCUGCAGCUGAUGGAUUUGCUCUGGGAGCUGCAGUUGCCACUGGUCAAGUAACAGUACAAGUCAUAGUAUUUUUUGCCGUCAUUCUACACAAGGCGCCAGCAGCUUUUGGUUUGGUCUCCUUCCUGAUGCACGGAGGCCUUGAGAAGAAGCACAUCCAGGGACAUUUGCUGGCCUUUUCAGCCGCGGCGCCGAUAGUCGCAAUCAGCACUUACUUCAUUUUACACGCAUCUGGAAACUCCUCACAGAGCCAGCUUUGGGCAACAGGUGUGGGUAUGCUCUUCUCAGCUGGGACUUUCCUCUAUGUGGCCACGGUGCAUGUUCUCCCUGAGAUCAGAAGCAGCAGGACAGAAGAUCCCUUCUCUAAUCUCCAGGAGCAUGCUGAAGCCAAGAACCAUCAGCAGCGGCACCUGGGGCUCCUGGAGAGCCUCACUCUGGUCCUCGGCAUGGGGCUUCCAGUGGUGUUGGCCCUCGGGUUACAGGAUGAUUAAAAAAAAAAGCCUGCAAGUUUGGUCACAAACUCUUAUAAUCGAUGUACUGCGAUGGCACAUUUAAAAGACCAACAGUAUAUUAGACACAUAGCUUUGAGUCUAGCCAAUGCUCUUACGUCAACCGAGACUUCCUGUUUGUGUGAAGUGUUGGGUAGCUCAUAUAUUGUUCUCAUUUCAUGGAGUUUUCUUUCCAAGUUGAAAAAAGUCACAUCUGUUUUCAAGGUCCUCCGGGGAGCUGUGAUGUGAAAUCCCAGUUACACGAUAGACUUCAGUGGAAGAGCAGCAGGAUAAUCUGACACUGCUGAGGACGGUUAGGAAGGCUAAGUGGAUCAGCUGGAAUAUUUUGUAUGCGUAACCAAAGAAAGGACCAUGAAUUUUAGUUGUGCAUCUAAAAACUAAAAGAUAAUGGAGUCCGAAGGUGAGUUUUGACUAAACAUAUGACAAAGUGGCUGCAUGGUGACGCAGUUGUUAGCGCUGUUGCCUCGCAGCACGAAGGUUGCAGGUUCAAAAAUCUGCUGCGGCCUUUCUGCGUGGAGUUGCGUGUUCUCAUGCAUGUGUGGGUUUCCUCCGGGUACUCCGGUUUCCCCCACAGAUCACAACAUGCCCUAUAGGUUAUAAACUGUAAGUCGCUUUGGAUAAAAGCGUCUGCCAAAUAAAUAAACAUAAACAAAGUGA